AUGAGUAAACUUCUAACAACUAUUUUACUAUGUAUUUUGUUUUCACAAGUUUUAUCAACAUUUCAUCAUUUAUCGUUGAGAGUAAGUUUUUCAAAAUUUCAUAAUUUGUUUCAAAACAAAAAAAUAAAUAAAUUUAGGAUGAUUCGCGACGAAACAUUAUCUUCAGUGAUUUUGGUUUUGGGUCAAAUGGCACACUUGAUAUCGGAAUAACAAAUUUCACAGUCCCUGAUAAAAUAAAAGAUUCUGUGGAUUCGACUGAAAAUGCCGAUAAAUUAGGAGUUAUUGGAUUUUCAUUGUCUCACGGCUCGGAGAUUUCAAGAGGAGUUGGCUCAAAUCCUCAUGUUUGUCAGCUUCAGGUUAGUAGUUUUUCUCUUUUAAUGAAAGAUUUUUAAAAAUUUGUUGAGAAAAAUAUGAUCUUUUGCAGCAAACAGAUCAAGGUUUUGAUGCUAUCUUCUUUUUUGCGGAUCUUCCCAAUAAAAGAUUGCGGGUGUUCCGAAGUGGAUUGGGAAAGAAGAUUAGAAUCUGCGCUACGGCUUAUCAGUGAGUUUCAUAUCCAAAAGUUUGAAAAUAAAGUCUAUUUCAGGUGCCAAACUGAAAACUCUACAAGAGUGCCGAGGCCCGAAGAAUUGAACAAUGAAAACGUGAAAAGUGUUGAUGAACAUCAAGGAUGGUUCAGGAACUUAUUCGGAAGAUUUCUGAAUCCAAGUGAUCCACAAAUCGCAUAUGAAAACUUUAUUCCACUAGAAGUUCAUAAUGAUAAUCAGUUCUCAACUAAUGUAAGUUUUUUCUUGAUUACUACCUUAAAAAAUCUAAAAUUGAAAAGUAUGUACGAUUCUAGAUGUCAUUCCGAUUUGAUGGCGAAAUUAUUGGUGAAUACGUCUUUAUGUUUCACAAUUGCUAUAAUUAUCGAGCUCAUGGUUAUAGUGAUCGAGUUGCAGUUGAUAUCACUAUUGAUCUUGUUGAGAGAAACAUCCAUUCAUAUUUAUCAAUCAGUGAAAUUCCAAAACCACAAGUUCUUCUCUAUAUGUCAAUAAUGUUCACAUUUCUCGCAGUAUUUUGGUCAAAUUUACUUUGCAGAUCAAUGUAAGUUCUAUUCCUCACAUUUUUUGUACUUGAAAUUAAAAAUCAAUUUUAUCAGUUCGGAUAAUAUCUAUCGAGUGCAUAAAUUUAUGACAGUUUUGGUAUUCUUGAAAGCUGUUUCAUUAUUUUUCCAUGGUUUGAAUUAUUAUUUCCUGAGCAAAUAUGGAAUGCAAAAAGAGUUUUGGGCAUUACUCUUUUAUAUAACUCAUUUGCUCAAAGGACUUUUGUUAUUUGGAACAAUUAUUUUGAUUGGAACUGGUUUCACUUUCAUCAAACAAUUCUUAACCGAUCGUGAUCGCCGAGUUUUCAUGGUUGUUCUGCCAAUUCAAGUGUUGGAUAACAUAUUUUUGAUCAUUUUGAAUGAAAGUGAAUUGGGAAAUGAGGGACAUCGACUUUGGCUAAAACUUUUUAUAUUUUUGGAUAUCCUUUGCUGUUUCCUUGUCAGUUUACCUAUUGUUUGGUGAGUUAAUUUUUUUGAGUAUUUUCAUUCAAACUUAUUGAAUUCAGGUCGAUUCAACAUUUACAAGAAGGCGCAACAACUGAUGGAAAAGCUGCCGCCAACUUGAACAAACUCCGAUUAUUCCGACAAUUUUACAUAACUGUUGUGAUCUAUAUUUAUUCCACACGAUUUUUUAGCGUCUUGCUAAGGGUAACUUUGAUUUAUUCAAUUAUUUUAUAUCAUUGAAUUUUUUCAGUUCAUUUUGCCAGCAACUAUGGACUGGGUUGUGGUUGGAGCUGUGGAAAUGGUUACAUUUGUGUUUUUCAUAAUUGUUGGAUUCAAAUUCCGACCCACAAAUACGCACAAUUAUCUUUUGCUCAGCAAUUUAGAAAAUUAUGAUAUUGAGAAUGGUGAAAUUGUUGCUGAAGAUGAGGAUGAUGAAGAAGGACAAGUUGAUCAGUGAGUUAUUUUGAUAUGAUUCUAAAAUAUUCACAGUUGGAGUUAAUGUUUCAAACAUUUAAAAGUUUUGAAUUUUAAGUUCAUUGGAAUAAAAAAGUAAACCAGUUCUUUCCUGAUUCCUGCUGUAAUUUCCUGAAAUCGUUAUCAAUUUUAAAACAGUUUCACUUGUGACAAUCACGAUGCUAAAUUUCAUAAUAGUUCCAUUCAAUUUCAAGACCAAAGUUCUCUCUAACAUAACUGAGUAAUUUAGAAUUUAAAAAACAUGUUUUGUACAUCUUCAGAUUUCUCAACAAGGCAUAUUCGGAAGGAAAUGUGUCACGUCGUGUUGUUUCGGAAGAUUCGACUGAAAAUGGCCACUCGAAAUUGACAAAGAAGUCAAGUACCCAAGCCUUUGAACAAUCAUUAAUCGACUAA